AUGGCGUCAAAACAAUUCAAGAGCACCGGCGAGGAUCUUUGGAAAUCACGAACGGAAAAAAUCAACGCAGAGUUGUUCACCUUGACAUACGGAGCAUUCGUCGUGCAACUUAUCCAGGAUUACGAGGACUAUGUGGAAGUCAACAAACAACUAGAUCUAAUGGGAUAUAACAUAGGCACCAGGCUAAUAGAAGAUUUCUUGGCCCGUUCAAACCUGGGCAGGUGCACGGAUUUCAAGGAAGUGGGUGAAGCCGUUGCCAAAGUAGGCUUCAAAAUGUUCUUGAAUAUCGUCCCCACAGUUACCCAUUCCUUCCUAACUGCGAAUGUACCCGCCAAUGCGAACAAGCAAGGCCAAAAUCAACGUCCCUGCUUCGUUCUGACAUUGGACGAGAACCCAUUGGCCGAUUUUGUAGAGUUGCCUGAGGAAGCUUUGGAAGGCCAAUUAUGGUUCAGCAAUGUGCUAUGUGGUGUGCUUAGAGGUGCACUGGAAAUGGUUCAAAUGCAGGUUGAAGCCAAAUUUCUCUCCGACGUCUUACGAGGUGAUGAAUCGACCGAGAUUAGGGUAACACUUCUCCGCUACAUUGACGAGGAAAUACCCGCCGGCGAUGAUUGA